AUGUCGUCCGCAAGCACAGCCCAAGCUGUUAUUCUCUUCGGUGUGAGCGCCGUCGCCCUUAUCUCAGAAAUCCUCUCCCUCCUCGUUCUCAAACGGGGCGGAUGGGAGAUGACCCGGCCACACAUGGCGAUUGCUACGCUGAUCGUUUGGGAUACCAUCCUUGGAAUCUACGCGUUCUUCCAGGCGGUGACAGGCCUCUCACGCAUUACUCUUACGACGCACCUUCGCUCUCUCCUACUGUUCAUCGUCUCAGGCUACACAGUCGCCACUAUCUCAAGCAUCCUAGCCCCAGACAUUAAUCGCGAAGGCAACCUAUUCGGGUGGCUCAGCGCCAACUUCCUUCUCUCAGCCAUGGUGUUUUACCUCGUGUUCGUGGCUGAAAACUAUGGUCAUCCCGCCAUUGGCGACAAGAUCGCCUCAGACGUAGGAGGGCGCCUGCAGCUUGAGAAUCAAGUUGGACAUAGCUUUUCGCCCGCUAGCGCGAUCCAGGCCGCCUUUCUGGCUCUUGGUGGGGUAGAAGCAGGCCAAUCAGUAGUGACGACGCUUGCGCUUCUCCCCUCGGUCUCGAAUGAUCCCGCGGACGGAAUCAAGCGCGACCAGAUAUUCUGGACGGCAUGGGUCUUCGGCCUUAUUCUCGUCUACGGCCUGGUCACCUUGAUUGCGCGUAUCACGCGCCGCGCAAUUUGGGUCCGCACGGUCCGCGCCGACCUGAUGAUGCUCUUUAUCUGCGUGAUCCACGGUGUCGAGGAGGCUCAUAUGAUGCUGCGCAUCCCUUCGCCUGUCGAGCACAUCUUUCUUUGGGUGUGCCUUGGCGCCAUGUUCAGCGCCUUCGCCUUCGAGACCACCUACCUCUGCUUGUACGGCGGGUGGGACACUCUCAAGACUAACACAACGUUCGCCGACCUCGCUGGCGCGCCCGAGCUGCCCGCCCCGCCGCCCGUGGAGAACGGCUCAGGAUUCAUGAUCACCCAGACGGUCCUCCUCGCCGGUGUGGCACUGUUCGCGACGGGGGGCCUUGCGCUGCUUGCCGAAUCGCACAACACUUGGGUUGCGGAGGCCCUUCUGGCCUGGUUCGCCAUCCUUCUCCUCUACCUGGCCCUCCAUGUGGCGGGUCACUGGGUGUCAGGCCUCGCUUCGUGGCACAAGGUCAACGCCGAGCUGACGGCCCUCGGCUUCCUUUUCGAUGCUGGGCUUCUCGUCUCUAUCCUUGCCACCGUCCUCCUCCAGCACGAUCAUCGUGCCCUUGUCCUCGCCUCCGCCUGGGCUUCAACUGCGGCCUUGCUGGUUGUCCUGGUCUUUGAGGCCGGUGUCGUAAAAAGUCAUUAUGGCCCCCUCAAGACAGUCGGCGACCGUAGCCUCCUCAAACUCGCGGAGUGGAAAGCAGGCCUCGAGACUGAGAACAGGCAAGCCCAGUCCUGAGAGACAGCUCCUCAGUCCACAUAAUAACAGAAUCUUGAAUAUCCUUGCCGUAUGCAAAUCAAUCUCUC